AUGAGGACUCCAUGCUGGGAUCUAAAGAUCGUGUUCUUAGCGUCUGUCUCUCUGCUGUGGAUUGUGGCUCUGCUCUAUGUGUUCCUGGUGUCUGGGGUCAUUGUAGUGCUGGGGAACCAGUCUUCUCCCCAGCUGCAUCAGUGCUGGGUGUUCACUAGCGCUCGUACUCAGUUGGCCGAAGUGCUGCUACUGACUGUGGCCUGUGCAGUGCUGUACGUUCAUAGCCACACAGGGUCUCCUAUGGGUAUCCACAGGGGUGGAAGAAUGCUCACAUGGAUUCAUCCUCCAUUUUGGAGUCACACCGGCAGGCAGUGACUCCAGUAGAGGUGUUUCGCCAGGUGUUGUGGAUUUUCCUCAGACUGGGCUCUGUUCCUGGUGUUCCUCCUGUGUCUGGUCUUCCAAGUCGGGAUCCCUGAAUACCUGGGGCUGAACGUUCCCUGGUUCUGUUCGCUCAACAGCUUCAUUCUUGGAGUUGUGUCGUGUGUACGCUGGCCGGCUAGCUUUCAGCUAGCUCAGGGCUCAGUGACUACUGACAGACCUACUGCACCUAAGCACACAUGCUGCGCUGGAGGAGCUACACUUGUCCCCUAA